AAGCAGAGGGAUUCCGUAACAUUUGUUGUACAUUGCGUACUGUUUAAAAAACGUAUUCAACCCCAUGUCCUUGGUGAUUUCCCAAACAUCUUGAGCCCAUGCUGAUAUGGACAUAUCAAAGAACUGUUCACCAGGAAAAGCCACUAUUUUCAGCCAGAGCAACCCACUCUAUGAUAAGGACAUGAACCUUACCAGGGCUGAUCACUCUGCUUUUAACUGCAGUGAUAAGGAUUCAAAGACUGAACACAAGAAGGGUGGGAAAGGAUGUAUCAGUGCAUUGAUCCUAUAUCUCCUGCUGCUGACCGGACUCAAUGCUUUCCUAAUUUAUGAAGUGAUUAUACUGCAGAAAGAAUUCCAGUCUAUCGUUGCACCCCUGAUAGUUAAGAAGCUUCGGGACUCCUCAAACAACGUCUCACUGGGGGUAGGGCCACCCCUCACAAGGGAGGAGCUCCGCCCCCUACUUAUAAACGCCAGCCUGGAGACGGCAUCAUUAAGAGCUGGGCUGGAGGCCCUGCAGACCCAGGUAGCCAGUGUGUGCGGAGUGGGCGGGGACCUGGGUGUGCUUAAGACAGAUCUGGACCUGAUCAACAGCAGCACCCUGCUGCUACAGAGGAAGCUGGACAGUCUCCGCCUCAAGCCAGGUCCUCCUGGUUUACCUGGACCCAGAGGGCUAAAAGGAGCACAAGGAGACUUAGGUGCCGCUGGUCCAAGGGGUGAAAAAGGUUCCCAAGGCAACCGGGGACCCCAGGGAGAUCCAGGUUCAAAUGGAGAAAAGGGAGACCGUGGUGAAAUAGGUGAGACUGGACCGAGUGGUCCUGCAGGAGAGAGAGGACCACCAGGAGUGGAUGGCCCGCCCGGACGCCCAGGACCUGCUGGGCAACCAGGCCAGACAGGUCAGAAGGGUGAACAAGGGCAGCAAGGACCGAAGGGAGAGACAGGCACUGCAGGUGCGAAGGGAGACCGGGGAUCGCCAGGUGCUCUAGGACAGACGGGACCUCCUGGAGAUAAGGGCCAGCCUGGGAACCAUGGUGUGGCAGGACCUCAAGGGCCACCUGGUCCUGCAGGAGUCAAGGGAUCCAAAGGAGACUCUGGUACCUCUGGAAUUCCAGGGCCACGAGGCCCCCCUGGGGCCACAGGGGCAAAGGGGGAUAUGGGGACAAAGGGAAAUGUGGGCCCCGUCGGACAGAAAGGAACCCCAGGGGUACAGGGCUCACCGGGAAAGAAAGGAGACAGUGGGCUAACAGGUUUACAAGGACCCAAGGGAAGCACUGGAGAUAAGGGCAGUAAAGGAGAAACCGGAACCCCAGGACUUCCUGGAGCAAGGGGUGCAAAGGGGGACACAGGACCCAGAGGUGCACAGGGAAGCCCAGGACCCCCGGGGUUAAAGGGGAGCAAAGGAGAGAAGGGAGAUGCAGCCAGGAAUACUCGGGACGUUAAAGAGGCGGCGGACGUGAGGAUCGCCGGGGGCGGUUCUCACGGGCGAGUGGAGGUCCUGUACAAGGGAGAGUGGGGCACAAUCUGCAUGGACAACUUUGACGUGGGUGACGCAACGGUAAUCUGCAAGAUUAUGGGCUACCAUUGGGCCUCCAGAGUCUUUGUCGCCCCGCCAGGAACGGGAAGCAUCUGGCUGGAUGAGCUGCAUUGUUUGGGUACAGAGAGCAGUAUCUUUCACUGCCUGCAUGCCGGGAUUGGGGUUCACAACUGCAACCACAGUGAAGACGCUGGCGUGGAAUGCAUUUAGCUAAAUAUACAUUAAUCAAGCAUAACUUAUGCAAAUGUUUUGCAUAGUGAAGAAUGGGCCAUGGCGAGUGAUUCACAUGAAAGUGAAGGAGGGAGACAGCACCCCAGUAUUUAAAGAUUUGUGUUAUGGCCGGCUCGAAGGGCCGCAACAAACAAAGUCCAAAUGUAUCAAAAACAAUCCAAAAACUGAUCUAAAAACAAACCCAGACAUUUAUUAAUCUAAA